AUUUUUUGCAUUGAAAUAACACUGAAAAAGAGGGGGUCAUCUUAUAUUUGCGGUCUAGACAUUAUACCCAUUCACGACGCUAGAUGGCGCCAGAUAUCAUUGAAGCGAUGUUCUGUCAUGACAGAUCUCAGCUACUCUGAAGUUUAACCAGUUUGCAUUAUUUUAUUGCAAUGUUUUUCCUUAUUCAGAUUUGUUUCAAGACUACAGUUACAGUUAGACUUCACUUUGAUGGUUAAUGCAGUUAUUGCAAUUUUGUUGUUUUAUCACAAUAGAUUGGUUUAUUUACAUUUCAAAAACCAGAAGCCAUUCAUUUACGAAUGUGAUUGCAUUUUGGUUUACAUUAGGGCUGUCAAACGAUUACAAUUUUUAAUCGAGUUAAUUACAGCUUAAAUAUUGAUUAAUCGUAAUUAAUCGCAAUUAAUCGCAAUUCAAACCAUCUAUAAAAUAUGCCAUAUUUUUCUGUAAAUUAUUGUUGGAAUGGAAAGAUAAGACACAAGAUAUACAUUCAACAUACGGUACCUAAGGACUGUAUUUGUUUAUUAUAACAAUAAAUCAACAAGAUGGCAUUAACAUUAUUAACAUUCUGUUAAAGCGAUCCAUGGAUAGAAAGGCUUGUAGUUCAUAAAAGAUAAAUGUUAGUACAAGUUAUAGAAAUUUUAUAUUAAAACCCCUCUUAAUGUUUUCGUUUUAAUAAAAUUUGUAAAAUUUUCAAUCAAAAAAUAAACUAGUAGCCCGCCAUUGUUGAUGUCAAUAAUUACUUACACAAUGCUCAUGGGUGCUGAAGCCUAUAAAAUCAGUCGCACCCAAGCACCAGCAGAGGGCGGCAAAACUGCAUAAAACACAACAAGUGAGCGUUUCACUAUACUGUCAUUUAAAUCUCUCUGAGUGGGGCAUCUGCGUUAAUUGCGUCAAAUAUUUUAACGUGAUUAAUUUAAAAAAAAUAAUUAACACCCGUUAACACGAUAAUUUUGACAGCCCUAGUUUACAUAUUUAAAUGUUCAGAUAUUAAGAUUUGAAUGAGGCAAAAUAACAUGGUUUUUCUCUCAAAUAUAUUGUUAUAAUCAUUUGUUUCGGAUGUACUGUAAUUAUUUUCUGUAUAAAAAAUCAUUAGGUGUUCAAAAAGUCUUUUUUCCAACUUGAGUCUUGAAAAAGAGGGGGUCGUCUUAUAAUCAGGGCCGUCUUAUAUUCGGGCCAAUACAGUACAUGUCCAAUCUGUUUGAAGUGGGAGAGAUGGCAGUGAAUACCUCCAACGGAUUGGACAUCUAUGACCGUCAGUGGCAGCCAAUCCAUUCAUUUUGGGGCAUUUCACGUCAUUUCCUGUUGAUUGUCGGACAAGUGCAAUUCCUUUUGGGGCUUUUAUGGGUCACUUCCUGUUGAUUUUGGGGCAUUUUCAGGGUUACUUAACUCAUUAACUCCAAGCCAUUUUCACCGGAGCAAGGCCCUUCGCUCCCGGCUGUUUUACUGGAUUUUGACUGAUUUUGCAAGGCCCACAGAAAACAUGGAACCUAUCAAAGGAAAGAUUAGACUCUGUUCUUUCAGCGAAAAAAAAAAAGUUAGUUCAUAUCUUUUUCCAUUCUUUACAAAUCAGCAUCAGAAAAUAGCUUAGUUUAAGCAAUUUUCCAUUUUCUGAUGAAAAAACGGAGAAAUUGAGCUUUUUGUAAAAGCAUACAUUUCAAACCUAACUUUGACUUUAACACAGCUAUUUCUCGCUUUUUUGACACCCAAACAUCUGAAUAAUGUUUUCGUUCUACAAAAUAAGAUAAACAACAAGAAAAAUAGAGCUUUUGAUCGCAAAGUAACACUUUAUUUACACUAGAGAUGUCCCGAUCCGAUAUUUGGAUCGGAUCGGACGCCGAUAUGGGCAAAAAAUGCGCAUCGGUAUCGGAUUGGCCAACACGGAAAAAUUCCGAUCCAGUUUUUUUUAAAGUCUGGUCCGGGUUUUCCAUCGCACCGAUUUACAUAAUCCAUUCCAGUUUUUGCUUCUGUUUCCCUAAAAUCCGGUCCGCAUUUUACGGCACACCUUCAACACACUACAUUUACAUUACCGUCUCCCAAUUUACCGAGAGACCUAAUCCGUAAAAAUGUCAACUGUGUGGGAUCAUUUCACCUUAAAGGACGACAAAGACGAAGAGGCAGAGUGCAACAUUUACCACAAUAAAGUCAAGCGUGGUGGUAAAGCUGUAAGACGUUUUAAUACAACCAACCUCAUCAAGCAUUUAGCGAAAUACCGCCACAAACAAUAUGAGGAGUAUGUUAAGAAAACCGAAGACAAAAAGAAAAGUCUUACGCAACUAACACUGGCAGAAACUUUUGCUAUGCGUGACAAACUGGCACCCGACAGUCCUAAAGCCCAGGGAAUAACAAGAGUCAUUGCCGAAGAAUUCAUUCUGGAUGACGAGCCAUUAUCUCUCGCCCAGCACCAUGAAUUUGGUACGUCUCGUGUGCCGCCACAAGACUGCGCUGUUCCUCUGCACUGUGUGCACCUUUGCCGUGGUCCUGGUCUUCUUGGCCAAAUGUACCUCCGAAACCCUGAAGCAGGGUCACGCCGAUCCACCGGGUUUAGCCCCUCGCGCAAGCGCUUUAAACCCCCAUCCGGAGCAGCACGACCGAGCCGCUCCUCUCAAAGACGUGUCGGCGUUCCUCGUCGUCCUCAUCACCACGGGUCCAAAGUACACAGAGCGCAGGAGUAUCAUCCGCAGCACGUGGCUGUCCAAGCGGGACUCUGACACCCUAGCCAUGUUUGUCGUAGGAACCCUAGGAUUGUCCGACGAAGACCUUCAGAACCUGAACGUAGAACAAGGACGGCAUAAGGAUCUGCUACUACUCCCAGACUUGAAAGAUUCUUACGAGAACUUGACCGUGAAGCUGCUACACAUGUACUCAUGGCUGGACCGCAACGUACACUUCAAGUUCGUCCUCAAAGCGGACGACGACACGUUCGCCCGCUUGGAUCUACUUAAAGACGAGCUACGAGGUAAAGAACCUUCUCGAUUGUACUGGGGCUUCUUCUCGGGACGAGGCCGAGUCAAGACGGCGGGAAAGUGGCGGGAAGGUUCCUGGGAGCUUUGCGACUACUACCUCCCCUACGCGCUAGGCGGAGGCUACGUUCUGUCGUCGGAUUUGGUACGAUACGUGCGUCUGAACGCCGAAUACUUGAAAAUAUGGCAGAGCGAGGACGUGUCUUUGGGCGCCUGGUUAGCGCCGGUGGACGUCCGGCGGACGCACGACCCGCGGUUUGACACGGAGUAUAAAUCCCGAGGUUGCAACAAUAAGUACUUGGUGACGCACAAGCAAAGUCUGGAGGACAUGUUGGAGAAGCACCAAAUGCUACAGCGGGACGGGAGGUUGUGUAAGGAGGAAGUCAAGCUGCGGUUAUCGUACGUCUACGAUUGGAGCGUGCCGCCUUCGCAGUGCUGCCAAAGGAAGGAGGGCAUUCCUUAAUCUUGUCAAAUUGACGUCCAAGUCUUUGACUGAGGGUGGACCGAUAUAUCGGGCCGAUAUAGAGACAGCGAGAACCAAAAGUGGUAUUUGCCAUGUGGCAAAAUGGAUUUUGGCAUGUGGCAUUUUUUGGGUAUGUGCAUAGCCGUCAAUGGCAUAGCCUAACUUGGUUGCCAGUUGAAUAUCAAUGAGCUGUAAUGGUAAGUGGAUGGCCCAAAAUCAGCCUCAUGUUCUUCUGCCAUUUAAAAUGAAUGGAAAAUUUGGACGUGCAUAGCCGUCAAUCACAUAGCCUGAUUAAUGUGUCAGUGUAAUGUCAAUGAGCUGUAAUGGUAAGUGGAUGGCCAAAAAUCACAGCCACACGUUCUUCUGCCAUUUAAAAUGGAUGGAAAAUUUGGACGUGCAUGGCCGUCAAUGGCAUGGAUGUGCAUGGCCUGCAAAACUACCAUAUACCCCUCCAAAAAAUGUCAUAUACCAACCAAAAAAUGACAAACCAAAGUCAAUUUUGCCACAUACCAAAAAAAAAAAAAAACGGCUUAUGGCAAAAUCCAUUUUGCCACAUGGCAAUAAGCAAAAUCCAUUUUGCCACAUGGGAAAUAAAAUGCCACAUGGCAAAAUCCAUUUUGCCACAUGGCAAAUAAAAUGCCACAUGGCAAAAGCCAUUUUGCCACAUGGCAAAUAAAAUGCCAUAUGGCAAAUAAAAUACCACAUGGCAAAAAAACUGCCACGUGGCAAAAUCCAUUUUGCCACAUGGCAAGUAAAAUGCCACAUGGCAAAACCCAUUUUGCCACAUACCAAAAACAAACAAAAAAACGGCAUAUGGCAAAAUCCAUUUUGCCACAUGGCAAUAAGCAAAAUCCAUUUUGCCACAUGGCAAAUAAAA